UUCCUGUCGACAACAGACCACAGCUAACCUAAAUUUUGUGAAUUUCUCUAAAGGCGCAAUAAAACUGUAUUUUUAUCCAAAAUUCGGUGUUUUCUGUUUGAUUUAUUUAUAAGUCCGAUUAUUCCGCUAACCAUCACACCAGUCAAAUCGAUAAAUUUUAAUUUCGUGGAGUGCUACGUGUUAUCGGCUCUCUGAAUGAGUGCGUUUGGUUUUCGAAGUAUUUCGUUUUAAACAAAAGAGCACAGAUGCCCUAUAUGGCUGAUCCGUCUCUCAUCACUAAGGUACAGAAAUAUUUGGAAGAACACACCGAAAAAACCUACGUUGACAUAAAUGAGAUAUCUGACGAGUUACAAGAGCAGUACAGGGAAUACGCUAAGCGGAAGCGUAGUGUGUUCAGGGCGGCAGUAAAGAAAGCAUAUAACGUUGUUUUAGCGAAAUACGGCGUGGAGGACGACAACAGUCCUGAAAAUAGCGAUUGCAGCAGCGUAGAUCUUAACGAAUCCCCAGAAAAUAACUCUUUAAGUAAACAGAUGGUUAGUUUGUAUAAAAAGGGGGAGGAAGCUCCCUCCAAAGACAUGGAGGAAAAUGAACUGAUAGAUAUCAGUAGUGAUGAUGAAUCUGAACCACAACAGCCCCCGGCUGCAACUGUAAAACAUAAUGUUAUAACUGCUAAUAAAAAUGGAGUGCAACAAAGCUAUGAAAAUGAUAAAUACAAGAAACGUAAACAUGAUUAUGCCACUAUUAUUAAUGUAACCUCAGCUAACAAACGCCGAAAGUUCAUUCAGACACCUCCUAAUCGUAACAGAGAUGGGGAAGUGAAUUUCUCUAAUAUUGGAGGCAUGGACAAGACUCUAGAAGAAGUAGCUAAGUUAUUGUUGCACAUACAUCAUCCUGAAAUUUAUAGAACGAUAGGUAUAACUCCCCCAAGGGGUUUUUUGUUGCAUGGCCCUCCUGGUUGCGGUAAAUCACUAUUGGCCCAUGCUAUAGCUGGAGAGCUUAAUGUGCAGUUGAUUCAAGUCACAGCUCCAGAAUUAGUGGCUGGUGUUUCAGGUGAAAGUGAACAAAGAAUAAGGAACUUAUUCCAAAGGGCUUACAUGAACUCUCCUUGUAUAUUGUUUAUAGACGAAAUCGAUGCCGUUACUCAAAACCGGCAGAACGCCCAAAAAGAUAUGGAGAAAAGAAUGGUUGCACAACUGAUAAGCUGCCUUGACAUAUUGAACAAAUCAGACCAAGGCAAUGGAGUGCUGGUGAUCGGGGCCACUAAUCGCCCAGAAUCCAUAGAUCCUGCGCUCAGAAGAGCCGGCAGAUUCGACAGGGAGAUUUGCUUGGGUAUCCCCAACAAGGAGAGCAGGGGGCAAAUCUUACAAAUCGUUACCAGGAAGUUGAAACUUGAACCGAAAUUCGAUUACGAAAUUUUAUCGACUUUGACUCCCGGUUACGUGGGUGCCGAUCUUAUUUCGUUGACCAGAGAGGCUGCGAUGGUAGCCGUCGAUAGGAUGAUUAAGCAGUUGAAAGAAAAUGAAGCCAAACUGGAGGAAGAUGAAGAAGAGGUAGUUGUACCUAAAGUGGUUAUACAACCGACAAAACCACCUCCAGUGAAAUCUCCCGCCGCUGAUCCACCAAAGGAAAAAUCCGAUGAAAUCGUCAUAGAAAAUGCCGAUGAUUCCGCUGAGAUCGUAGUAGAAGAAGGCCCUACGCAGAUAAUAGAGGCGGAAAAACCAGUUGCGUCCACUCCCGAGUCCAUAGUCCUGUUAGAAGAAGAAAAGCCUGCCAACAAGAAGCAAUCAACCGUGCAGAACACCAACUCCUUGGAGGAGAUCCUGUUCUGGUUGCACGAUCAGUUGCCGCUGUCCGACGAGGAACUCUCCUUGCUGUGCAUCACGAUGGACGAUUUUAAGGCUGCUUUGAAGAGCGUACAGCCUUCCGCCAAAAGGGAAGGGUUCGUGACAGUGCCAGAUACCAAUUGGGAAGAUGUAGGGAGUUUAAAGGAUAUCCGCGAGGAAUUGCAGCUGUCUAUUGUGGCCCCAGUGCGUCAUCCGAAGAAAUUCAGCAACCUAGGCAUUACGGUACCUGCGGGCGUCCUGCUAUUCGGUCCACCCGGUUGCGGCAAGACCCUCCUGGCCAAGGCCAUAGCCAACGAAGCCGCGAUCAAUUUCAUCAGCGUCAAAGGUCCCGAACUGCUCAACAUGUACGUCGGCGAAUCGGAACGAGCCGUUAGGGUGUGCUUCGAGAGGGCGCGCAACAGCGCCCCCUGCGUUAUAUUUUUUGAUGAAUUGGACGCGUUGUGUCCUAAAAGGACUCCCACAGAUAAUGGCGGCACGUCCAGGGUGGUGAAUCAAUUAUUGACAGAGAUGGAUGGUGUAUCAGGAAGGAAAGGGGUAUUUUUACUUGCGGCGACUAACAGGGUGGACAUUAUUGAUCCUGCAGUGUUGAGACCGGGACGUCUGGAUAAAAUACUGUAUGUUGGAUUACCGAAUGCCGCAGAUAGGGGGGAUAUAUUGAACGCCAUCACCAAAAACGGCACUAAGCCGCUGCUGGGCGCCGACGUGUCCUUGGCCGAUAUAGCGGAGCGUAAAGAAUGCGAGGGAUUCACAGGGGCCGAUUUGGCGGCUCUGGUACGAGAGGCGAGCGUUUCUGCACUCAAGGACGUCUUAACGUUGCCGGAAAGCGACGAUACCGCCGUGGCCGUUACUUUGGAGCAUUUCAACAGGGCGUUCCGGAAAAUCAGGGGCAGUGUCAAUGAAAAAGAUCGAAAAUACUACGAAGAACAGCGUAGGAAUUUCUCGUCGGAUCGGAAGGAUAGCGAGGUGGAGGAGAUGGAACUGUCUUAAGUUUGAAUAUAUAUGCCUAGUUUUUAUCUCUUUUUUUUUUUUUAGGUAUAAACGUUGCUCGAUCUUUUGUAUCGGGGAUUAUCUGUAUUUUUUUUAUUCUGAAUGAUUAAAGGCGUAUUUGUGGACAAAAUAUUUGUUGUUUUUUUUUGUUGUUUUAGAAAUAGUUUAUCAUUUCAAUUGUGUUUGUUAUAGAUUGUUUUAAUAGAUCAUUGGCUUCGGUGAAAACAAAUAUUUUGUUUACUGAUUUGACGUAUUUUAUUUUCUUUUUUAUUCAAUAAAAAUUAAGAAUGAAAAAUUACAUGUAAAUUUCCCAUGUUUUUAUUACGAAAGCAUCACUAUUUUAGCGAUUUUCCUACCAUUCCAUUUUUCCGACUUAUUUUGACAUUUAAGACAUUUGUGUGGAGUUGUUAAUGUUUGACGCGGCAUUUUUUAUUUUAAACAUUUUUUUUUGCAACACCCAGACUUUUUUGACAUUUUAAAAAUGAGGUCAGUGAUGUCAAAAAUGGUUAUGACCUUCACAAAGAAAAAAAAACCUAUUUUAAAGAUUAUUAAAUUUUCUAUCUUUUUUGUUGCAUACUUUUUUUUCUGUUAAUAUUUUCCUAGAAAACUUUAUAUUGAAUUUCAUUUUCAAAAUAUUUCAUUAACGGUAAAUCCUACAUAAAAAUACCUUUAGUAAAACUUGCAGAACAUGCGAUUGCCAGCAAUUCUCAUAAUCACAAUUUUUUUAGUAACUUCAAUAUUUUACGAGUUGCAGCGCUUCAAGUGCUUAACACCACAAAGCAAGCAACUUAUUUUAAGGAUUAUUAAAUUUUCUCUUUUUUGUUUGAAACUUUUUUCUAAUUUUAAUAUUGUACUAGAUAUAGUACGUCAAACUUUUCGAAUCAUUUUCUUUUCAAAAUAUCUCGUUAACGGUAAAUCCUACAUAAAAAUACCUUUAGUAAAACUUGCAGAACAUGCAAUUGUUAGUAAUUUUCGUAAUUACAAUUUUUUUCGUUACUUCAAUAUUUUAGGAGUUAUAGGACUUCAAGUGCUCAACACCACAUGGCUAUCUUUUUUGAUCCAAACUUUUUUAUAUUUUACUACAUAUAGCUCGUUAAACUUUAUAUAUCAUUUCAAUUGUUUUCGUAGCUUAAAAAAAAUCAUUUUUGGGUGGGAACCGAACCCAUGACUUCUGGUACACCGUACCAACAUCCUACGUUUAAAAAUUAAAAAUGUCCGUGUCUGAUGGCGAUAGAUUGAAAAAUGGUGGGGUGGAGAAAUUUCUAAUGACACGAGAUUGUGAUUGCUUUUUUGUGACGGUUGUUUCCGAGGACGUAGAUUGUAAAAAAUUAGGUAUCAAAAUUUUAUUAAUAAAAAUUGUAUUGGUCCCUCUAGCGGUAAAUCUCCUCUAUACUAUUUAGCAUCAUUUAUUUAAUUUUUUGUUUAUAUUAAGCAAUUAAUUUUGUAUUAUUGAAUAUUUUUAUGUACUUUUUAUUUAAUUCGAAUUUAUUUUAAAACUCUUUAAUUCUAUAGAAAUAUACAAAAAUGUAAGUACCUAUUUUUUGAAAUAUAGCAGUUUAGGUUACUUACAAGGAUUUUAUUUAUUAUUUUUUUAAGUAUUUCAGUCGCAUUUUAGCUAUGAUAACCAAAUUUAAGAUCAAAAAUAAUUUUUAAGCUAUCAUUUAAAGUUAUUAUCUAAGGAAAAUGAGAGAAAAAUAAAGG